AGUGCCAUCCACAGAGCAAACGCACAGUGGUAGGCUGUGAAAGAUUGUGUGAAGAGUGUGUUUCGUGAAUGUGUGUGUGACAACGUAAAGAGAACCAAAGCCCAUCAGUUGGAAUGGACCACAGUAGCAAUAACACCGCAAUCGAGGAGCGUCUCGAGAGCACCUGAGGGAUUACAACUCCAACUCGAGAAGAAGUCGUUAAGGUUUUUACUGCCCCUCUCAUUGCGCGCCCGGUGGUGUUAACGCGAAAACAGGAACGAGAGUAAACACGUGAAAUAAGAAGGUUCCAAUUCAGUCCCAGCCUUCCCGAGUUUGGCGCAGUGACACAGAAAAAAAUCAUUUCUGUGUAUUUUUAGCAUCCUCUCUUUUCCCUAUCCUCCCAUCUUUUUCUCUCUCUCUGUGUGGAGAGAGAGCAGGAGACGAACGGACCGGGUGACACAGCUGCGAGUCUCACGCCUCUCCGGUUGAUCUAUGUGGAUGUGUGAUGAUGGAUUAACUGUAUUUAACGGGGUCCCAAGUAUCUCCGGUACUUCACUAGACCACCGCCGCCAGCUCUCGUCCCUCCCCCUGGGAGCGCGUGGCAGAGAUCCCUGCCAUACUUUCUGUGGAUUACUUAAACUCUCUUUGGGAUUUUUCUCUCCUGGUAGCACUCGCGAUGACCGCGGAAUAUGUUUUACGGUCCCUGCUGAUGCUCUUCCUCGCGCUGCUCUCGGCCAACGCCAGUAACUGGCUGUACCUGGCUAAACUGUCGUCGGUGGGCAGUAUCAAUGAUGAGGAGACGUGUGAACGUCUGCGAGGACUCAUCCAUAAACAGGUGCAGAUCUGUAAGCGCAGUGUGGAGGUGAUGGAUGCUGUUCGGCACGGGGCUCAGCUAGCCAUAGACGAGUGUCAGUUUCAGUUCCGGAACCGCCGAUGGAACUGUUCCACACUGGACACCAUGCCCGUCUUCGGCAAGGUCGUCACACAGGGCACUCGGGAGGCAGCCUUUGUUUAUGCCAUCUCAGCAGCCAGUGUGGCGUUCGCUGUGACCCGGGCCUGCAGCAGCGGAGAGCUGGAGAAAUGUGGCUGCGACCACAACGUCCACGGAGUCAGUCCAGAAGGGUUCCAGUGGUCAGGCUGUAGUGAUAACAUUGCUUAUGGAGUGGCCUUCUCUCAAUCCUUUGUUGAUGUGAGGGAGAGGAGUAAAGGACAGUCCCCCAGCAGAGCACUCAUGAACCUACACAACAAUGAGGCCGGUAGGAAGGCCAUUCUGAGCCACAUGCGUGUGGAGUGUAAGUGUCAUGGCGUGUCAGGUUCCUGUGAGGUGAAGACCUGCUGGAAGGCCAUGCCACCAUUCCGCAAGGUGGGCAACGCCAUCAAGGAGAAAUUUGACGGCGCCACAGAGGUGGAGCAGCGCAAGGUGGGCACCACCAAGGUCCUGGUGCCACGGAACUCCCAGUUCAAACCUCACACAGACGAAGACCUGGUCUACCUGGAGCCCAGCCCCGACUUCUGUGACCACGACCCGCGCACACCAGGCAUGCUGGGUACGGCGGGGCGGCAGUGUAACCGGACGUCGAAGGCCAUCGACGGCUGUGAGCUGAUGUGCUGCGGCCGGGGCUUCCAGACAGAGGAGGUGGAGGUGGUGGACAGGUGCAGCUGUAAGUUCCACUGGUGCUGCUACGUCAAGUGCAAACAGUGCCGCAAGAUGGUGGAGAUGCACACCUGCCGGUGAUCACCAUGGAAAUCCCCAAUGGAGACCCAAACAAAUGCCCCAUCACACCCCACUCUCUCCUUUCUCACCUGCACAGAAGGAUGGGAGGGAGGGAGAGGGGGAUGGUGUUUGUGGUUUACCUUUUCCCCAUUUCAAAACCAUCCCUAUUCCUUUUACAAUAGACCCCGGGAACAGACAGACAGAGGUGGAACGAGGACAUGGGCAUUCCCAGUCAGUUCAUACAAUGUUAAAGGAAAAUGAUACACAUGCACGGGAUGUAUAGAACUAAAAAUAUAUAUAUCCCAACAGAG